CACCUUGUCUCCAAUAUUUUGUUUUUAUUUAUUUAUUUAAAUUAAUUUAAUAUCUCUAUUUACCUCUUCUCUUCAUCCUCUUUCUUCUUUCAUAUAACAAAUAUUAUUUUGAUCGACACCUCGAUAUCUCCUUCCUCUUAAUCCUCUGUGUCUCUGACUACUCAUUUUAUCUUCACACUCUUUCAAAUCUAGUUAUUUUUACUUAUUCUUUUUAUGUAUAUAAUUCUUUUCCUCUUCUGUUUCUUUCUAUUGUUUCGACAACAGUAGGGAUAUUUCAGAUCUAAACAUAUACAGGACUACACUUAUUUUAUGCAAAAAUAUUAUAAAAAUCUUUUUUCCUCCAAAAUUCGGUAAUAGACCAUUAUCUAUUUGUAAGAAUUUAAGGUUCCGAAGGUGGAUUGGGAUUAAUAAUAUAUUUGUAGCUUCUGGGGUUCUUUCAAAACCCUUUUUUUUUUUUUUUUUUUUUUUAUUUUUUUUAUGUUCCCCAUUUUCAGAAAUUUUCGUUUAUAGAUUUCUGGAUUUGUCGUUAGAAUGGUUACAGUUAAUCUGGGAUUGCUCCAUUAUGUGGUGGACCAUGUUUAUGGUGCAUUGAUGCACAGAUCAAAGAUAAGCCCACCAUUUUUCUCUGGAGGGUGGGGUGGUUCAAAGCUUGAGCUGCUGGAGAGGAUGAUUACGCAGUUGUUUCCAGACAUGGCUGGCCAGAAUUGGCCUCCCACUUCCAUUCAACCCAUUUGGAAAACAGUCUGGGAAAGCAGGACGGCUUGUUUAAGAGAAGGGGUCUUUAGGACUUCAUGCGAUGAGCAACUUCUUAGUGCAUUGCCUCCUGAGUGUCACAAUGCAAGAGUUGCUUUUCUCACCCCAAAAGGAGUUCCAUCUCACAGGAUGGCCUGUGUCGUUCACCUUGCAGGAACUGGAGAUCAUACAUUUGAAAGGAGGUUACGUCUUGGAGGGCCAUUGUUGAAGGAAAAUAUUGCAACUAUGGUACUUGAGAGCCCCUUUUAUGGACAAAGGCGUCCUUCACUACAGCGUGGUGCAAGACUCUUGUGUGUUAGUGACUUGCUUUUAUUAGGAAGUGCAACCAUUGGAGAAGCACGCAGUCUCUUACACUGGUUAGACUCAGAAGAAGGAAUAGGCAAGAUGGGUGUUUGUGGACUCAGUAUGGGAGGAGUUCAUGCUGCAAUGGUUGGAUCACUGCACCCUACACCUGUUGCAACCCUUCCUUUUCUCUCUCCACACUCUGCUGUUGUGGCAUUCUGUGAGGGAAUACUAAAGCAUGCAACUGCAUGGGAAGCACUGAGAGAGGAACUUGCAGCACAGCAUGCUGCAAUGACUCUCGAGGAGGUCAAAGAACGAAUGCGAAAUGUUUUGUCUCACACAGAUGUCACCCGCUUUCCAAUACCAAAAAAUCCCAAUGCUGUAAUAUUUGUUGCUGCGACUGAUGAUGGAUACAUUCCAAAACACUCUGUUCUAGAGCUUCAAAAGGCUUGGCCCGGUUCAGAAGUGAGAUGGGUCACAGGUGGCCAUGUCUCAUCUUUCCUUCUCCACAAUGGUGAGUUUCGCAGAGCCAUUGUUGACGGGCUGAAUAGAUUACAAUGGAAGGAUGAGUCUUCAUUGUGACAGUCAUUGCAUGAUAUAGCUGACUGCAUAUGCAUAAUUAUUAGUUGUUGUCAUGGUAAUCUUCUUACCUAUAAUUUCUUCUCCAACCUUGUAUAAUGGUCUUCUAACAUCUGAGAGCACCUAUUAGAGAAUAACAAAGAAAAGAACAAAAACAAAAAAAAGAAAAGAAAGAAAAGGUGUAGUGUGAAUUUUUUAUCUUCUUCAUUUUGUGGUUUUAUAACAAGACUUCCUGUUUUUAGGAGGAAAGAGCCCCUCAUUUCUAUUGGAAGGACAAUAAAUAUGAUCAAUGAUUAUUGGUCACCAGUUUGGUUUGUGGUCUCGUUCAA